AUGGCAGAUUUUAUUAAUAAACCUCAAGAAAACGUUUAGAAGAUCGUUGAAGCCAUCAAAUCUGAAGCAGAAGAGAAGGCUGAACAAAUUAAAAAGAAUGCUGAAGAAUAAUUUAAGAUUCAAAAAAAUAAUAUUGUCAAUACUGAAAAGGAUAAAAUCAUUGAAGAAUAUAAAAAGAGAUUAGAAAAGCUCAUAGUUGACAGAAGAAUUCAACGUUCUGCCAAAAUCAAUGAAUAGAGAUUAGAAAAAAUGAAAGCUCGUUUUGACUUUAUUGAAAAGCUAAAGGGUGAAAUUUCUAAUAAAAUCGUUUAAUCCGUUUCAGACCCUAAUAAAUAUAAAAAUGUCUUCAAGCAACUUAUAAUCUAGGCCUUGAUCAAGUUGAUGGAACCUAAGGUUGAGUUAAAAGUAAUGAAGAAAGAUUUGUAGCUUGCUCGUGAAGUAAAGACAGAAUGUGAAAAUGAAUUCAAGGCAAUUGCUAAGAGAGAAUGUAAUAGAGACUUUAACUGUACUAUUAUUAUAAAUGAAUACCACUCUCUUGAAGAAGAAAAUCCUAAAGUUAUUGGAGGUAUUGUUCUCACUUGCGAUGGUGGUAGAAUUUAGGUAAACAACACUUUAAAUGCAAGAGUUGAUCUUGCUUUCUAAGAAUUCCUUCCUGACAUCAGAAGAAUUCUUUUCCCUUCUAUGAAAUGA